AUGGCACCCUCUAUUCAUCCUCUCAUCGACAAUGGCAUCACUAAAGGCUCUAGUAGCUUUGCCGGUGGGAAGCUGCACUGCCAUUGCGCCUCCGACCAGGUCGAGAUCACGUUGAAUAGCAAUGUUGCGCACAACCACGCCUGUGGCUGCUCUAAAUGCUGGAAGCCAUCUGGUUCCCUCUUCUCUAUUGUUGGUGUUGUGCCCCGAGACGCCGUUUCGGUCACAGCGAAUGAAUCGAAGCUCUCAAUUGUCGACAAAGAGGCUACCAUCCAGCGCAAUGCCUGCAAAGUCUGCGGUGUGCACCUCUUCGGUCGGAUCGAGAGAGACCAUCCUUUCAAGGGACUCGACUUUGUCCACGUGGAGUUGUCCGAUGAAAAGGGCUGGCAGGAACCACAAUUCGCCGGUUUCGUCUCAUCCAUCAUUGAGCAAGGCUCACACCCUAAAGAAAUGGAUGAAGUGAGAGCAAGAUUUAAGGCAGUGGGACUACAGACAUACGACGUGCUGUCCCCUGUGCUGAUGGACCUGAUCUCCACAUAUACGGCUCAGAAAUCCGGGAUCAGGUUUGCCAAUUUGUGA